ACGUUAUCUGAAACCAGCUUCGACCCCUCCAUCUGCAUCACACUUCACCAUGAACAUCAAUCAGUCCAGAAUCCAGAUCGACCAAUCCCAUCUCGGGAAACUCCGUAGUUCAUCAAAAUAUCAAGAUGUCCAUUGAAGGAGUUCACAUCGACAGCUCAGGGAGGAAAGUGUUCAUCCCGCUCGAGAACAAUCCGGAAGUCUUCACCUCACUCGUUCACGACCUUGGAGCUUCCGAUGAACUCGGCUUCUAUGAUGUGUUCAGCAUCGAUGAUCCAGAUCUAUUGGCAUUUAUCCCGCGUCCCGUAUACGCGCUGAUCUUCAUCACGCCUCCAGAUAUUUACAACACUGUCCGCGAGAAGGAGCGCACACCGCUUGCCAGUCAGAAGCUGACAUACGACAAGUCUGGCCCGGACGAACCCGUAGUGUGGUUUAACCAGACGAUCGGCAACGCCUGCGGGCUAUACGCUCUUAUUCACUCCAUCGCAAAUGGAGGAGCACGCCCCUUCCUCAAGAAGGGCUCGCUCCUGGAUAGGUUGAUCGAAGAGGCAACGCCGUUGGCCCCCGUUCCGCGCGCAAGAGUUCUCUACGACAGCGCUGAGCUCGAGAAGAAGCACAUGCGGGCCGCUAGAACGGGCGACUCAAGGACGCCAGGCGCAGACGAACCCGUGGGCCUGCAUUUCAUCGCGUUCACCAAAGGCAAGGACGGACAUCUGUAUGAGUUGGAGGGUGACACGGAUGGGCCAUUGGAUCUCGGGCCACUGGAGGACGGCGAGGACAUGUUGAGCGAGAAGGCAUUGAAGAACGGUGUGAGAAGGUUCAUUGAUGCUGCGAAUGGGGAACUGCAGUUCAGCAUUGUGGCUUUGGCGCGAAGCGAGUGAACUGGUGCUGCUUAUAAGUAUGAUCAGAAAUAGUGUCGAAGUGCAGAGGGUGCAAUGGUGACGGGAGUAAAAGGACGCUACGAGGUAGGUAGUGUUGAUUGGAAGAUGCUUAACUCCUAAGUCCUAGCCUCAGAUUCGCGACGAUCAACAAGAGGCGGUAUGUACGCCCUGGGA